AUGGCUCUUUACGACGAGCAGAAGGUCCUCUAUGAGACCGGCUCGUUCACGGGCUUCCGCCCUCUCCGUGAGCUGGGCGCCAACUACCUCUCCGCGAGUCCCUUCAAGCAGCCUCUCUGCGGAAACGAAGAGGGUUGGGGCCCUCUGAGCCCCCAUCGAUACGAUUUUACGCCAUGCUUCAUCGACGUCUGGAUCGCUGCCGUCUCCGUCUUCGGCCUCGUCUUCGGAUCGCUCGCCAUAUGGUGGCUCCUCGUAAGGAAGCAGCAGCAGGAAGCACAAGCCAAGAACACGCAUUUCUUCAUCAAGCAGACCCUCCUCGCCGUCAUCAUCGUCGACGUCAUUGCUCAGUUCGUCAUCCAGAUCCUGUCUAUGCCAGCCAUUUGGUUUGGCGACUUCAGAGUCUUGACCACAUUCUUGACAAUCCUUUCGCUUUGCGUUGUCUUCUCCAUCCAAUGGGUUGAACACUCGCGCAUUCGAUAUCCUAGCGGAGUUGCCCUCUUCUACUGGCUCCUUCUCCUCAUCUCAUUCGCCGUCAAGCUGCGAUCCCUGAUCUCGCAGCAGCUCUACCGGUCGGAAUUGCCCUACUUUAUCGUCUAUUGUGUCGGUGUUGGAUUGUCUCUUGUCGAGUUUCUCGUUGAGUGGCUCUGGCCACGAAACGUUGGCCCCAAUGGCUACGAGGCGAUUGAGGAAGAGGAGGAGUGUCCCGUCGAGUACUGCAACGCAUUCUCCCAGCUGACCUUCUCCUGGAUGACCCCGAUGAUGAAAUAUGGCUACAAGGUGUUCCUGACCGAAGAUGACCUCUGGGCAUUGGCCAAGGACGACCAGACCAAGAACACCGGAGCACGCUUCGAUAAGGCCUGGCAAUACGAGUUGGAGCAUCGGAAGAACCCCUCCUUGUGGAUUGUCCUGUUUAAGGCGUAUGGCGGACCUUACAUGCUGGCUGCCGUCUACAAGAUUGGAAACGACAUCUCACAGUAUAUCCAGCCUCAACUGUUGCGUCUCCUCAUCGCGUUUGUGUAUUCGUACCAUGACCCCGAGCAAACCAAACAGCCUGUGAUCCAGGGUGCUGCAAUUGCGCUGGCUAUGUUCGCCUGUGCUGUCUUCCAGACAACCAUGGUGCACCAAUACUUCCAGCUCGCUUUUGUGACGGGUAUGCACAUCAAGGGUGGAUUGUCUUCGGCCAUUUACCGAAAGUCGCUUCGACUGUCGAACGAAGGCAGAGCCGCCAAGUCAACUGGCGACAUUGUCAACUACAUGGCCGUUGAUGCGCAGCGUCUGCAGGAUCUUACCCAGUUUGCUCAGCAGAUCUGGUCCGCUCCGUUCCAGAUCAUCAUUUGCAUGGUUUCUCUGUACAACUUGGUCGGAUGGUCCAUGAUGGCAGGCAUUGUCGUCAUGAUCAUCAUGAUGCCAGUACAGGGCCUCGUCGCUCGUAUCAUGAAGAACAUGCAGAAGACCCAGAUGAAGAACAAGGAUGCUCGAAGCCGUCUCAUCAAUGAGAUCAUCAACAACAUGAAGAGCAUCAAGCUGUACGCCUGGGGCUCUGCCUUCAUGAACAAGCUCAACUAUGUCCGAAACGAACAAGAGCUGAAGAACCUGCGAAAGAUCGGCGCUACUCAAGCUUUUGCCAACUUCACCUGGACAACAGCCCCCUUCUUUGUGUCCUGCUCGACCUUUACGGUCUUCGUCCUUACCCAGGAUAAGCCCCUUACCACCGACAUUGUCUUCCCUGCGUUGGCCCUGUUCAACCUCUUGACUUUCCCUCUGGCUAUCCUCCCCAUGGUUAUCACUUCGAUUGUCGAGGCCUCUGUGGCUAUUGGACGUCUCACUGACUUCCUCAAGGCUGAGGAGCUCCAGCCUAAUGCCAUCACCAUCAAGCCCGCCCCUGAGCAGCUUGGUGAGGAGAGCAUCAUUAUCCGCGAUGGUACCUUCUCCUGGAACCGACAUGAGGACAAGAAUGCCCUCAAGGACAUCGACUUCACCGCCUACAAGGGAGAACUCUCGUGCGUUGUCGGACGCGUGGGCGCUGGUAAAUCCUCCUUCCUCCAGAGCAUCCUCGGUGAUCUGUGGAAGGUCAAGGGUUCCGUUGAGGUGCGAGGAACUGUCGCUUAUGCUUCUCAACAAACUUGGAUCUUGAACGCCACCGUUAAGGAGAACAUCAUCUUUGGUUACCGAUACGACCCUGAGUUCUACGAGAAGACCGUUCAGGCUUGUGCCCUCUUGGACGACUUUGCCCAGCUCCCCGACGGUGACGAGACUGUUGUUGGCGAGCGAGGUAUUUCGCUGAGCGGUGGUCAAAAGGCUCGUGUUUCCCUGGCCCGUGCUGUCUACGCCCGUGCCGAUAUCUACCUCCUCGAUGACGUUCUUUCUGCGGUGGACUCCCACGUUGGCCGACAUAUCAUUGACAAUGUCCUCGGUCCUCGCGGUUUGCUCUCCUCCAAGACCCGUAUCCUUGCUACCAACGCCAUCGCUGUUCUUCGCCAGGCUAGCUACGUGACCCUCCUCAAGGAUGGAGAAGUCGCGGAAAGGGGUACUUACAAGCAGCUGGUUGCCAUGAAGGGUCUUGUUGCGGAUCUUCUUAGGACAGCCGGACACGAAUCUGGUAGCAACAGCAGCGAGCCCAGCUCCAGCGCCUCGAGCAGCAAGGCGGCCACCAUUAUCGAGCCCGACUCCAGUCAGGCCAAGGAAGAAAUGGAGGAGGCACAGGAGCAGGUUCCCGAGAUGGCCCCUAUCAAGGCCGGUCCCAGAUCUAAGCCUCGCUCGAGCAGCAUGGCCACCCUCCGUCGCGCCAGUACUGCUAGUUUCAGGGGUCCCCGUGGCAAGCUCACCGAUGAGGAGCUCGCUGGUACCUCCAAGACUAAGCAGGCCAAGGAACACGUCGAGCAGGGCAAGGUCAAGUGGUCUGUCUAUGGCGAGUACGCUAAGAUGAACAACAUCUACGCUGUCGGUCUCUACCUGUUCAUGCUCCUCGCUGCGCAGACAACCAGCAUGCUUGCCUCCGUCUGGCUGAAGGAGUGGUCCGAUGAGAACCAGAAGAACCGCGCGAACGAGCACGUUGGCAAGUUUAUUGGCAUUUACUUUGCUGCUGGUAUGGGAUCCUCGGCCCUCACUGUCAUUCAGACCCUGAUUCUGUGGAUAUUCUGCUCCAUUGAGGCGUCUCGAAAGCUUCACGAGCGAAUGGCCAAUGCCAUCUUCAGGUCUCCCAUGUCCUUCUUUGAUACUACCCCCGCAGGACGAAUUCUGAACCGAUUCUCGAGUGAUAUCUACCGUGUCGAUGAGGUCUUGGCUAGGACAUUCAACAUGCUUUUUGUAAACUUGGCUCGAUCUGGCUUCACUUUGAUGAUCAUCGCGGUCGCUGCGCCGGGCUUUAUCGCCUUGAUCAUCCCCCUCAGUCUGGCCUACUACUGGAUCCAGCGAUACUACCUCCGGACUUCUCGCGAGCUUAAGAGACUCGACAGCGUGAGCCGCAGUCCCAUCUACGCCCACUUCCAAGAGUCUCUCGGUGGCAUUACCACUAUCCGCGCCUACCGCCAGCAGCAGCGCUUCGAGCUUGAGAACGAAUGGCGCGUCGACGCCAACCUGCGGGCUUACUUCCCUUCCAUCAGCGCCAACCGCUGGCUCGCUGUUCGCCUCGAGUUCAUCGGUGCUGUUGUCAUUUUUUCGGCUGCGGGCUUCUUCGUCAUCUCCGUGACCAGCUAUGGACGCCCAAGCCCUGGUCUUGUUGGUCUGGCCAUGUCAUAUGCCCUGCAGAUCACCACCUCGCUCAACUGGAUUGUCCGCCAGACCGUUGAAGUCGAGACCAACAUCGUGUCGGUGGAGCGUGUUCUCGAGUAUGCGGCUCUGCCCAGCGAAGCCCCCGAGAUCAUCGCCAAGAACCGACCCGCCGUCUCGUGGCCCGCCAAGGGUGAGGUUGACUUUGUCAACUACAGCACCCGGUACCGAGAAGGUCUGGACCUGGUUCUCAAGAACAUCACCCUUGAUAUCAAGUCGCACGAGAAGAUCGGCGUGGUCGGCCGUACAGGCGCGGGCAAGUCCUCCCUCACGCUCGCUCUGUUCCGCCUGAUCGAGCCUGUGACUGGCCACAUCGGCAUCGACAAUGUCAACACAUCCUCGAUCGGCCUGCUUGAUCUCCGACGCAGACUGGCCAUCAUUCCCCAGGAUGCGGCUCUCUUCGAGGGUACCGUCCGCGAUAACCUCGACCCUGGUCACGUCCACGAUGACACAGAACUCUGGAGUGUCCUCGAGCACGCACGAUUGAAGGACCACGUUUCUAGCAUGGAUGGUGGGCUGGAGGCCAAGAUCAAUGAAGGAGGCUCCAACCUCUCCCAGGGACAGAGGCAACUCGUCUCCCUGGCGCGCGCCAUGCUCACACCCUCCAACAUCCUGGUUCUCGACGAGGCCACGGCCGCUGUCGACGUCGAGACCGACGCCAUGCUCCAGAGCACCCUCCGCUCACCCCUGUUCGCCAACCGAACCAUCAUCACUGUCGCUCACCGUCUCAACACCAUCCUCGACAGCGACCGUGUGGUGGUACUGGAUAAGGGCGAGGUGGUCGAGUUUGAUACUCCGGCGAAUCUCUUGAAGAAGGAGGGCAUCUUCCACGGCUUGAUGAAGCAGGCCGGCCUGGAGCUCGAGUAG